UGAUGCAAAAUCCCGUCGCGUUGCCUCCAUUUAUCAUUGUUCUAAACCUGAUGAUUCGAUAUUCCAUGUUAAGACUCAAGAAGUCCAAGGACUAUAACACGUAAUCAUGAGCAAAUCUGAUAAACGGAGUGCUGGGCGGUUGAUGCUUCGCCUUACUUUGCUCUCUCUGGUCAUCGUAGUUACAUGUAACUCAUCUCAGCAGUCAACAAUCCAAUCACCAGAGGUCUCUCAAGAAGCCUCGACUGUGGGCUGGAGGUUCAGCUCGGACAACAACGAAAAUACUGACGAGAUUUCCUCCCAAUCGUUACACUCCAUUGAUUCGACAACUGCGAGUACGUCAAGUUACGAUAGCUCUGAUUCAUUGCAAACUUUGAUCAUCCAAGAAUUCACUGACGAGUUUACCACCGAUGACACGACAACUUCCCAACCUGCUACAGACUUGGUCGCCAGUGUGGAUACAACUAUCUGGGUGUGGCAAUUUUCAUGGACAUGGGUAACCAUCCUUCAGUUAAUCAUUUCCUUGAUCGGUAUUCUUGGAAACCUACUGGUUGUCGUUGUAAUGGCUGGUAGAAAAUCCACAGCUAACUCGACAGACAUUUUCAUUGCAGCACUCGCUAUAUCUGACUUGCUGACAUCAAUCUUCAACAUACCCAUUCCAAGGGCACGGCAGGUACCUGACAGCCUUCCUGGUGUGUUGUAUUGCAGGCUCAUCUUUACUCGUAGCUUGUCAUGGAUAUGUGUUAUCUCCUCGAGCUACAUCUUGAUUGGUGCUUCUUUCGAGCGCCUGGCAGCGGUUGCCUACCCUUUGCGCAUCAAGGAAAUAUUCACAAACCGCAGGGUUUGCACUUUCAUCAUAGUAGCAUGGGUGUUCUCGUGUCUUUCGUGCUCCUAUUACCUAAUAUCCAUGAUCGCGGAACCUGAUCUCUUAUCCCGAAUCUACUGUUUGCCCUCCAAUUCCGAUUCUUCUUCACUACAGUUGGUCAACAUGUUCAAUUUCACCAUCCGGUUGCUCAUUCCGGUCGUUCUGAUGUUGGGUUCCCAGAUAGCUAUGGCAUUCCUACUUCAUCUACGGUCGAGAAAAAUGCAACGUGUCAUAGCUCAAGGUUCCAACCAGUCCUAUCAUAUAAUCGCUAGGAAUCGUGUCAUCAAGAUCCUGUUGGUCGUCAUCAUUAUCUACAUCCUUUGUUGGGCUCCAAGCCAGAUUGCAUUUGUAGUCAUCUCUUUUAAAGGAGCAGUUAGGGCCAGAGGCUACGUUGUUGGAACCGUCCGACAGAUUCUCAAUCUAUUCACGUUCAUUAAUUCGUCCAUCAACCCCUUGAUAUACGCAGCCCAAUAUCCCAAGUUUCGUUCUGCCGUGAAGGAUGUGUUUGCAGGUACGGUGCAGAAGCACAUAACGUUGUUCGGCAUCGAUAAUUCAUAACGCCCUCGGCAUACUUAAAGCUUUAAGAUUAGUGUUGACAAAGCUGGCGAAAAAGCUUAAUUGGAGUUGGAAUUCGAUUUUUCAUUAAUUUCGGUUUCACAUUUACAAACUAUUAUAAACAAAAUGAAAUAAAGUUAAAUAUAUCGCAAAAACAGAUACAGCAAUAAUGAUAACAGUAGCAGAGAUAAUAGAUCGGAACUUACAAGAUAUGACCUCAGUUGAUUUGAAUAUAUAAAAGUGAAACGGAGAGGUUGGCCAAAAAUGGCCAAUCUUGCAUGUCUUGUAUAAGAGGCAAUUAGCCCCCUUAACCUAGGUUCGCAAUGAAAAAAAAUCAUUGUCGGAAUGAUAAUUUCCAAAAAUAUCAUCAUUUGAAGAAAUAUAAGUGAUGUAAGAAACAAAUACGAUAAGAGUAAAGAGAGGUAUACAGUUACUGUAGAGGACAGUGGGUGGAGGUGCAGUGUAAAUAAGUUUGACAAAACAGUUUAUACUUUGAAAUAAAUUAUACCUUUUUGAGCAAAUGACGAUAGAACUAUUGACAAAUCUUUCUGCUUGAGUGAGUAACAAUCCUUUUAA